CCCUGCCCCUUCUCUAGACGUCUGUAGACGCGGCGGCUGUUGCUGCAGCCGCUUCCGGAGCUGACCCGGGCCUGGGGACCGGCCUCCACUGGCGCCCUUCGUUUUCUUCUGCUACCUUCACUGAGGAUGAGUCCCUGCGCGACCGUGUGCCCACCCCGCGGAGACCACCGGAGCAUUUUCAUCUAGCGACUGGUCCCACUUGCAAUCAUGGAUAUUUGAAAGGAGUGGACAGUGUGGAGGGGGAGCUCCCCUCCUCCUCCCCGUGGUGCUUGACUCCAGGAAUAAUUUAUAAACUGUGGAAAGCUUUUUUUUAAAUAAAGAACUUGUGUUUGAUAUAAACUUGAUAGGGCUAUUUAUAAUUUUUGGAUUUAAGUGCCAAAAUACAUCGUACAGAUCUAUAUAGUUUUAUACUGUUGCCAUGAGGAUUUAAAUUAUAAUCCUAAACAGGCCAUUUAUUCUCUAUAAAUCUUUCUGAAUAGCACCUUUGUGUCCUGGCUUUUUCAUUUUUUAAAAUCAUCUGACUGUUCAGAAGAAGUAAGCUGCAUUAAAACAAUUAGGAUGAAUUCUUCCAUCCCUGACUGCACAUCAAAAUGUCGAUCCCUGAAGCAUGCUUUGGAUGUCCUUUCUGUGGUAACAAAGGGGAGUGAAAACCAGAUUAAGGCCUUUCUCUCCAGUCAUUGUUACAAUGCUGCAACUAUCAAGGAUGCCUUUGGCAGAAAUGCCCUCCACCUUGUUUCCUCCUGUGGAAAGAAAGGAGUGUUAGAUUGGCUUAUUGAGAAAGGAGUGGAUCCAUUGGUGAAAGACAAGGAGUCAGGAUGGACAGCUUUGCAUAGAAGCGUUUUUUAUGGACAUAUUGAUUGUGUUUGGUCUCUAUUGAAGCAUGGUGUUAGUCUGUAUAUUCAAGAUAAAGAAGGCUUGUCAGCUUUGGAUCUUGUAAUGAAGGAUAGACCAGCUCACGUAGUAUUCAGAAAUACCGAUCCUACAGAUGUCUACACUUGGGGAGAUAAUACAAAUUUCACCCUGGGUCAUGGAAGCCAGAAUAGCAAACAUCAUCCCGAGUUGGUGGAUCUGUUCUCUAGGAGUGGGGUUUAUAUCAAGCAGGUGGUGCUUUGUAAAUUUCACUCAGUGUUUCUGUCUCAGAAAGGGCAAGUUUAUACCUGUGGUCAUGGUCCUGGAGGACGAUUAGGCCAUGGAGAUGAACAGACAUGCUUGGUCCCUAGGCUUGUGGAAGGACUGAGUGGUCAUAAUUGUUCUCAAGUGGCAGCUGCUAAGGAUCAUACUGUUGUAUUAACUGAAGAUGGAUGUGUUUAUACGUUUGGUCUAAAUAUUUUUCAUCAAUUAGGAAUCAUUCCUCCACCUUCCAGUUGUAAUGUACCUAGACAGAUGCAAGCAAAAUAUCUUAAAGGGAGGACAGUCACCGGAGUAGCAGCAGGCAGGUUUCAUACAGUGCUAUGGACUAGAGAAGCUGUUUACACCAUGGGACUAAAUGGUGGACAGCUGGGUUAUUUACUAGAUCCCAAUGGAGAAAAGUGUGUAACUGCCCCUCGUCAAGUCUCUGCCCUUCACCAUAAGGACAUCACUGUGUCUUUGGUUGCUGCUAGUGAUGGGGCAACUGUCUGUGUUACCACAAAGGGAGAUAUUUACUUACUUGCAGACUAUCAGUGCAAGAAGAUGGCUUCUAAACAACUAAAUGUGAAAAAGGUUCUUGUAUCUGGGGGGCAUAUGGAAUACAAAGUUGAUCCUGAACAUUUGAAAGAAAAUGGGGGUGAAAAAAUUUGCAUUCUUGCAAUGGAUGGAGCUGGAAGGGUAUUUUGCUGGAGAUCAGUCAACAGUUCUCUGAAGCAGUGUCGAUGGGCCUACCCACGCCAAGUCUUCAUUUCUGAUAUUGCUUUAAGUAGAAAUGAAAUUCUUUUUGUCACAAGAGAUGGAGAGGGAUUUAGAGGGAAAUGGUUUGAAGAAAAAAGAAAGAGUUCUGAAAAGAAAGCAGAGAUUUUAUCAAACCUUCAUAAUUCCUCACCAGAUGUGUCUUGUGUCUCUGAUAUAAAUAGUGCAUAUGAAAGAAUUCGACUUGAGAAACUUACUUUUGCCCAUAGAGCUGUUAGUGUCAGCACAGAUCCAAGUGGAUGCAACUUUGCAAUCUUGCAAUCAGAUCCUAAAACAAGCCUUUAUGAAAUUCCAGCUGUGUCCUCAUCAUCCUUUUUCGAAGAGUUUGGCAAACUGUUGAGGGAAACGGAUGAAAUGGACAACAUCCAUGAUGUGACAUUUCAAGUUGGCAAUAGAAUCUUCCCUGCACAUAAAUAUAUUUUGGCAGUGCGUUCUGACUUUUUCCAGAAAUUGUUUCUUUCAGACGGUACUACUUUAGACUUUAUAGAUGUUUACCGGAAAGAUGAAGAUUCUGCAGGGUGCCAUCUCUUUGUGGUAGAGAAGGUUCAUCCUGACUUGUUUGAAUACCUUUUACAAUUUAUAUACACAGAUACUUGUGACUUUUUAACUCAUGGCUUCAAACCAAGAAUAAAUUCAAACAAAAAACCAGAAGAAUAUCAGAGCACUCCGAAUUGUCAUUUGAAUAAAAUGAAUUCCCAUGAAGAUAAUCAGAAGUCUGCAUUUGAAGUUUACAAAAGUAAUCAAGCUCAUACAAUUAGUGAAAAGCAGAAAAGCAAAAACAAAUCUUUCAAAAAAGUAAAAAGUGUUGGGGAAGAUGAUCCCGUAAAAAUGUUGCAAAAUGUUGCAAAGAAACUUGGUUUCAAUAGUUUGAGUAGUAGGUUAGAUGGAGUCCGAUUUGAGAAUGAAGAAAUUAAUGUCAUUGCCAAGACAACUGGUAAUAAACCAAAGCUAAGUCAGAGAAAAUGUUCUUAUUUAUGUGAUGUGACCAUGAAAUCAGUGGAUGGAAAGGAAUUUCCUUGUCAUAAAUGCGUUCUUUGUGCUAGACUUGAAUAUUUUCAUAGUAUGCUGAGUAGCUCAUGGAUUGAGGCUUCCAGUUGUGCAGCUCUGGAAAUGCCAAUACAUUCUGACAUACUGAAAGUUAUUUUGGACUACCUCUAUACUGAUGAAGCUGUGGUGAUAAAAGAAUCUCAAAAUUUGGAUUUUGUUUGUAGUGUUCUUGUGGUGGCUGAUCAGCUUCUCAUAUCUCGAUUGAAAGAGAUUUGUGAAGUGGCAUUAAGUGAAAAACUUACCCUUAAGAAUGCUGCUAUGCUACUGGAAUUCGCAGCAAUGUAUAAUGCUGAACAGUUGAAACUAUCUUGUUUACAAUUUAUAGGACUGAAUAUGGCAGCUUUACUUGAAGCAAGGUCUCUUGAUGUUUUAAGUGACGGUGUUUUGAAGGAUCUUUCUGUGUUUUACCGAAAAAUGAUUCCAGCAAUGGAUAGAAGAGUCAUUACACCAUAUCAAGAUGGACCAGAUAUUAGCUAUUUGGAUGUAGAAGAUGGAGAUAUCUUUUUGAAAGAAGAAAUAAAUAUGGAACAAAAUUAUUCGGAAAGUGUGUUCAAGAAGACAAAAACAAAAGCAAAAAAGAAGCCACGUAAGCGGUCUGAUAGUUCUGGAGGUUAUAACCUUUCAGAUAUUAUUCAGAGUCCACCAUCUACAGGAUUACUAAAGUCUGGUAAGACCAAUUCUGUGGAAUCUCUUCCAGAACUGUUGACAUCAGACUCUGAAGGAAGCUAUGCAGGAGUGGGUAGUCCUAGAGAUUUACAGUCUCCUGAUUUCACAACAGGAUUUCAUUCAGAUAAGAUUGAGGGGAAAAUUAAAUCCUAUGUUAAUGGUACACCUCCUACACAUUUUAGGGAAGAUUUAAAACCAUGGGAAAAAUCACCAGUACUUAAAGUAUCUGCUCCACAGCCCAUUCCCAGUAACAGAAUUGAUAUUACAAGCUCUUCCAGUUGGGUUUCUGGCUCUUUCAGUCCUGUAAGCCCUCCUGUCGUGGAUCUCAGAACCAUCAUGCAAAUAGAAGAAAGCAGACAAAGAUGUGGAGCUACACCAAAGACAAAUUUGGGAAAAAUGAUUUCUCAUGGAGUUAAACUGUCUCAGAAGCAACGAAAAAUGAUUGCAAUGACUACCAAAGAUAAUAAUUCAGGAAUGAAUAGCAUGGAAACAGCAUUAAGUGCUCCUUCAAAAACCCCCAAACCAGCGAAUGCAUGGGCAUCUUCUCUACAUUCAGUUUCAUCCAAGUCAUUCCGGGAUUUCUUACUAGAAGAAAAAAAAUCUACUACUGGCCAAAGCUCAGGAGACAAUGUCAAAAAAGUUUGUUUUAAAGGAAUUGAAAGUUCCCAGGCUGCAAAAGUUGUAAGUCCCUGGCUGUGUUCUUCACUGCCUGCUCCUUCCGUGCUAGCGCCAGUCACUUUUGCAUCUAUUGUAGAAGAAGAGAUACAGCAGGAAGCAGCUCUUAUCAGAAGUCGAGAAAAACCCUUGGCUUUGAUUCAGAUUGAGGAGCGUGCGAUACAAGAUUUAUUGGUUUUCUAUGAAGCAUUUGGCAACCCUGAUGAGUUUGUCAUUGUUGAAAGGACACCGCAGGGACCACUGGCAGUACCUAUGUGGAAUAAGCAUGGAUGCUAGUUCACCAUGGAGUUGAGAUACGAUUUUCAUAAGUUGUGACUGUUAUAAAUAAAUGCUAUGGGAAAAGAGUUCUUACAAGUUUGGUAACAGAUCAUUCUAGAUAGAAUAAGAAAGGAUUUAAUUUCUUUACUGAACUUUAAGCAUAUACUGUUUGUAUGAUUAAAAUGAAAUCCCUCAGAAUUGUGAUUUUAGUAACCUUUUGUGUAAAAAUGUGUGAGAGGAAAAACUUAUUUAAAUAGAACUAUUUUUCUGAAUAGUCUUAAAAGGAAAACAUGAGUGAUUGAAGUGUAAAAUUUAAGAGUGAUGCAUUAAAAAUAACUUUCCAUUUGAGAAUUUGGGAUAAAUAAUUUAGAAGAUUUUUGCCAAAUAUCAUGUUUUUUUUUAGUGUGACAUUGAUGAGCUUUUAAGUAGGAGUGUCAGCCAUUACUUUUGAUCCAUUAAUGGCCAAAAUUUUGCGUUUGCUAUAGUAGUUAUGCCUCCAUUCUUGUGUCUUUUUCAUCAGGCUUUGAACGUUCUGGCCUGAUUUUUAAAGCCUGAGCUGCUUGAAUGCCAUUUUAUUUCGGUUUCAACAGCACAUUCUCCAUUUUGCAUUGAACUGUGGAGUAUGGUGGAAAGGAAAUAAGAAUACUAUUCUGAGCAGCUUAGUCUAAAAUAAUAGUUUCUUACAAGAUUUGGAGUCAUUGUGGGGAUUGUUUUUGGAUGGGGAGAGGAGGCCUUAUUGUGACAGAAUCCAUUUCUGAAAGUGUUACAGUUUUCUAAAAUAAAUGCUUAAUUAUACAUAUAAGAAUUGAAUAGUUUGGAAGAAGGUUGGUUUACAGUUACCUUUACAAUGUUACAUAAUCAGAAAUUCUCUGAGCCUGGAUUAUAUGAAUAGACAUAAACAUUGUUUUCUUUACAGUAUGCUGUUUGGGUUGUUUUUGAGUGGUUAAAUUAAAAAAAAAAAGUUAAAUCUGUGCUUCAGCACCUAGACAAAUUGGGAAAGUUAAUGUUUCUGAGAAAUAAUAAGCCAAGGGGAACAUACAGGCAAAUCACUGCUAUAAUUAGGUUGAUGAAAAUAUGGCUGAAAUUAACUCAACACUUGAGCUUUAGCUCCACCCAGAGCAGCAAACUUGUAAGCAAAUGUGCAAUAAAAAAUAAUCUUGAUCCAUGUCACUGUUACUGUGUGUUUGAUAUCUUAUACUAUAUUGACAUCUAUUAUAGGAGGAAUUAAUAAUGAUUCCUAAUAUCAUAUAUUGUAGCCAGUAUUUGUUGAAGUUGAUGCUGUAUCCAUUCCUUAACUACUUAAAAAAGGGCAGUUUUCCUAAAGUGCACCUGUAUGUUUGAGUAAAUUGAGAAGCAAUGUAUUUUAUAAUGUUUUAUGGAUGUUGCUGUAAAGAGAUUUUCUGAAGUAACUGAUUUAUUUCAUUUGAACCUUUGAUUCUUCCAUACUUCUUGGCAUCUUUAAAGAUGCCAUGAAGUGAUGAUUUUCGUGUACUCCAUGCUGCCUGGGAAGCACCCUAAGGGCCUUUGGUGAGUGGGAUGUGAAGGAGGGGCCAGGGUUGACCAGUCUCUGGGGUUUUAGGUCUUCACAAACCUCAUUCAGAGCAAUUGCACUUUACGACCUGUUUUAUAUAGUGGGGUAUUCGUUUGGGAGAAAAAAGUUCUUUUGCUAGUAAAAUGAAAGGUGGUAAGCACUGCUAUAAACUACGUGAAGAUAGCAACCUGAUACACUGUGACCAAAAAGCCCAGGAAAGUGAUGGGUUUUUUCCUUAACAUUAUUCUGCCUACAAUAAUUAACUCAUCUUUAAUCUCAUGACUUUAAGAAAGUCUUAAGACUCUAGAAAUGGGCAAUUUAAGGGAUCAGUGGGAUGAAGAGGUUUUUAAGAUUGCAUAGAACUCCUUAGCCUAGAAAGGUGUUGAUUGGAUGGGGAAUUGGGAUUGGGGGUAGAGGUGUCAGAGCAGAAUAUGCGUAACAUUUGCAAAAUCAAGACCAGUCAGGUAAAGUCGUAUUUGUUGACAAAAUACUAGGAUUCAGGACUUCUCGUAAAGUCUAAACAGGUGGCUUUUAAAAUAAAUUGUAGACAGUCUUUAUAGAGGAACAACAACAGAUAGUCAGUUGAAAAAGGUAUUGCUAGUUAAUAUCUUGGUUGGUUCUAUACUCUUUUGGAGGCUGGGUUGUAUUUUUUAGUUCAUGACAAGGGGGUUGAUAGCUGAUUCAUAAAACUUUAUUUUUUUGGCUGCGUUGGGUCUUCGUUGCUGUGCGCCGGCUUUCUCUAGUUGUGGCAAGCAGGGGCUCCUGUUCAUUGUGGUGCACGGGCUUCUUAUUGAGGUGGCUUCUCUUGUUAUGGAGCACAGGCUUCAGUAGUUGUGGCACGUGGGCUCAGUAGUCGUGGCUUGUGGGCUCUAGAGCGCAGGCUCAGUAGUUGUGGCGCACAGGCUUAGUUGCUCUGCUGAGUGUGGGAUUUUCCCAGACCAGGGAUUGAACCCAUGUCCCCUGCGUUGGCUGGCAGAUUCUUAUGAAUCAGGACUGCACCACCAGGGAAGUCCUGAUUCAUAAAAUUUUAGAUCUGAAGAAACCUUGUAGAUUAACCCUGUAUAUUCGCUUUAUUAUAUAAAUUGAAGAGCAUGAACUCCAGAGAAAGUGACUAAUGAGAUUGAAAUCUUCUGUCUUUUCAGUCUGGUCCACCUACAACUACACCAGACUGCCUCUUAGAAAUUACUAAUUGUCUGUAGCAUUUAGCCAAGACUAAGAAAAUAUUAAAAAGCACUUAGUAAAAAUACAUAUAACCCAGAAGCUUCCAGAAUUAUCAAUUUAAGAACUAUUUUCAGAAGAAACUGCAGCAACCUCCCACCAGGGAACUGGGGACAAGUGAUCCAAGAUAUUCAUGGUAAUGUUGAUGUGUAUCUUUUUUGCUUGAGGUGAUGUUCAAUCGUGUAAGAUGCCAAAACAACCUGGUCUUUCCUAUACACAUGACCAUCAAACUAUAUUUCAGACCCUAUAUAUAUUUCAUUUUCUUGUAUGUCUCUACUUGGCUGCUUGGCUAUUUGUGUCAAAACUGAAUUCUUGCCUUUUCCAAACUCUCUGAUCUUUUUAUUUCCUUAUCUCUUAGUCUGUCAUUCUCCUAAAUCAUUAAGGUUAAACUUUUGGUUUCUUUGUCUCUUUCCCCAUUUUGUCCCCACAUUUAUUGUCCAACUCCUGUCAGUUCUGUCUCUGCAGUAUCUUUUAUCUAAUUUUUUUCAUUUCAUUCACAUUACUACUACUGUUUUAGGUCCUGAAGUUUUUCUGAAAGUUCUCAAACUUUUUGGUGUCAGGAUCCCUUUAUACUGAUUAAAAUUAUUGAGGACCCCAAAGAGCUUUUGUUUAUAUUCAUUACAUAUCUAUCAUAUAUAAUGUACUGCAGAUUAGAAUAAACUUUAAAAUUUAGUUCAUUUAAAAAUAAGCCAACACAUACUAACAAAAUUUUUAAUGAAAAUGUAACUGUUUUACAAAACAAAAUUAGAAGAGUGAGCUUGUUUUAUAUUUUUAUAUAUAUGAAAAUAUGUAACUCAGUAUUUCAGGUUUAGGCCUUUACUGUCUGGUUUAAUAGAGGACUCCUACAUUCUCAUAUCUGUUUCCACAUUUAGUCUGUUGUGAAAACAAAUGUCAUAGUGUCUGGAAACUUGAAAGACUGAGAUUGCAAAAGGCAGGUAACAUGUUAUGAAAAUAGUUUUGACCUCACCAACUCCUGAAAGGUCGAGAAAGUGGUCCACUUAACUGCUUAAGUCCCUUAAUUGCUGAGUCCCUUAACUGCCACCCCAUUCUCUGUUUCCUGGUCCAAGACAUUAAAUUCUUCAACUCUCAAACUAAUACCCCCAAAGCAUAUCUUCCUGCUCUGAAAACUUAAGUUACUCCCUCUACACUUUAAGUUCGUAUUUCCUCAGCUUGGGCUUCCAGUGAUUUCUUUUUUGUUUUUCUUUUUUUUUAAUCUAUACACAUAGUGGUGGAGCCAAACCUGACCUGAUGUGUCUCCCAAAUAGGCUUCAAGCUUUGCUCAUGUAGAUCUCUACCUAAAUCUUUCUUUCUCUUCACCUAUUGAAAUUCUACCCAUCCAUGAUAAAGGCAGCCCCAAUUUUAUUUUCCUUAUAAACUUUGUUUUUUCCUUCUCAUACCUCCUCAGAAGUAAACCAAAAUAAAGUAUUAGUAUACAUGGAUCAAUUAUGUUCCCAUUUCCUCUCAACACUUUAUAUCUUUUAGGGAACUUGUCAAAUUCUGCCAUUAUUUUUGUUUUUCUGUUUGUCUUUUACUUUUACUUAUAGUUUGAAGGCAUAGGCUAGGCACUUUUUUCUUUCUUGUGUUUAAAUCUUCAAAAUCUUGAACCGUAACACAAGACAAAAAGGUUUACUUCAGUGAUUUACCAGUAAGUCAAGCUAUGGACCAUUAACAGCCUCUUGGAAAGAGGUGCUGGAUUUGAUUCGCUGGUAUUUCAUGGAGGAUUUCUGUUUCUAUAAUUCAUGAUAUUGGUCUGUGGUUUUUCUUUUGCUCUCUUUUUCUAGCUUUAGAAUUAGUUUAAUAAUGGCCUUAUGGAGUGAUUUAAGAAGUAGUCCCUUUUCCUCUGUGUUCUGGAUGUUGAUAAAUGAUUGGUAUUAUUUAAAUAUUUGAUAGAAUGAACCAGUGAAGCCAUCUGGUUAUGGACUUUUCUUUGUGGAACGGUUUUAAAUUAUUAAUUCAGUUUCUUUCUCUUUACAUGUUAUAUGUAAGUCUAUUGAGAUUUUCUGUCUUCUUGAGUCAGUUUCAGUAAUUUGUGUGUCUAGGAAUUUUUCCAGUUCUUCUAAAUUGUCUCGUUUGUUGGCAUAAAGUUGUUCAUAGCAUUUACUUCUAAUCCUUUUAAUUCGUGCAGAGUUGGUGGUGAGGUCCCCCCUUUCCUUCUUGAUUUUGGUAGUCCAUUUCUCUUUUUUUCUUUGAUCAUAUCAAUUUUAUUCUGUUCAAAGAACCAACGUUGUGGAUCCUUCUGAUCUUUCCCUAGUUUGCCUGCAUCUCCCUUGUUUCAACCCUGAUCUUUAUUAUUUCCUUUUUUUUUUUUUUUUUGCGGUACGAGGGCCUCUCACUGUUGUGGCCUCUCCUGUUGUGGAGCACAGGCUCCGGACACGCAGGCUCAGCGGCCAUGGCUCACGGGCCCAGCCACUCCGCGGCAUGUGAGAUCCUCCCGGAUUGAGGCACGAACCCACGUCCCCUGCAUCGGCAGGCGGACUCUCAACCACUGCGCCAUCAGGGAAGCCCUAUUAUUUCCUUUUUUCCUGCUUGCUUUAGCUUUAAUUUGCUGUUCUUUUUCUAGCUGUUUAAGCUUAGAUUAUUGAUUUAAGGUCUUUCUUCUUUCCAAAACAUAGGCAUUUAAAGCUGUACAUUUGCUGGUAAGCACUGCUUUAGUUGCAUUACAUAAAUUUGUAUAUGUUGUGUUUUCAUUUUCAUUCAGUUCAAAAUACUUUCUAAUUUCCUCUUGAUUUCUUCUUUGAACCAUGGAUUAUCUAAAAAAGUAUAUUAAUUUCAAAAUAUUUGUGAAUUUCCCCCAAUAUCCUUUCGUUGUUGAUUUCUAAUUUAAUUUUGUUAAAUUUGGAAUACUUAUUUUUUACUGUUUCAGUCCUUUAAAUUUGAGACAUGUCUUAUCAUCUAACAUAUGAAAGUUCCAUUGUAUUCAUGAGAAGAGUAUGACUGAAUUGACAUCAACCUCUUAUGAAACGGUAGCUUACAGGACUCUGUUUACUAUGUUGCAGACAUAAAUUUGUUGCCUAAAUAAAGGACAAGAAUAGAUGCUGAAGAAGCAAAGGAGUGGACUGUGCUGGAUAUAUUCUGUUUGCACCUCAGAUCCAUUCUCUGUUCUUCUCCCCUCUACUAUGUCUUGUGGAGUUGAACUCUAGGACUUUACCAGUCAGCUUAUUUACCAGCCAGGGUCAGGCAACCUCUGGCUUCUGGUUACAUUAGCCAGUUUGGAACACUAGCAGAAUACUGGCAUAUUGACGGGAGGAAAGAUAAAGCUUUUUUUUUUUUC